CAGUAUAGAGGAUGCUGGCUGACGGUGAUGCGCACCAAACGGCUGCUGGCUGCUUCGCUCUCAGGACUUACAUGAAGAUUGAUGGGGCGUUUGCGUAACGGCAAAGCGAUGGCUUCUCCCGCUCUUUACCAGCUUUUUGGCUCGUGGUUGUAUUGCGGAAGACGGACGUAACACCUAAAGGAAUUGUUUGCGGAAUUGCCAAAAAAAUUAACAGGCUUGUUUUCAACAUCACCAGGGAGGCUUGACAUCGCUUGGAGAUUGUGGUGCAAAAAAAUCGAUUUGAAAUGUCCGACUUCCACAACCGGAGCCAAACCAGCGCACGUCGCAGUGACUACGUGUGGCAGUAUGAAUAUUACGACGAUGAGGAGCCCGUGUCGUUUGAGGGACUCAAAGCGCACAGAUACUCCAUCGUCAUCGGCUUCUGGGUCGGACUUGCUGUGUUUGUCAUUUUCAUGUUCUUUGUUCUCACGCUGCUCACAAAGACAGGAGCGCCACAUCAAGAAAACCCAGACUCUGCUGAAAAGCGCCAUCGACCAGGCAGCUGUCUGGUAGAUAUCGGCAGCCCCCAGGACGAAAAUGACAAAGCCUUUUCUCGCCCUCUGCUAGCCGAGUCCCGCUCUUAUUUUCAUUUCUACAUCAACGAGGAGGAUCAGGGUCAGGGGAAGCAAAAACCAGGGGACGAGAGGGUCGGAAAGCACAGCGGGGCUCGUGCCCAGCAGGGGACCAGAGGUAUCAGCUUGUCUGGGAUGAUGGACGAGAUGGAAGAGGACACAGAGGAAGCUCAGGGCCACCAACCUCUCAAGGGACUAAUAGAGGAGGGUAAGACCGACAGAGAAUGUGCCUUCUUUUCCCACUUCAACAUCCCUAACUUUGUGAACUUGGAGCACAGUUCGACACUUGGAGAGGAUGAUCUGCUGUAUGAGCCGUCCGCCAUCCUGGAGCGCCAGUCUCACUCUCAGGAUGCUCACUGUGACAUCCACUAAGGCUGUUUCCACAAAAGGCAUGGACAUGGUGUCAGUGUAUUUGCUUUCCUUUCACAUGGCCAUUUGUGAUCCGAAACGCACACAUCUGCCGCACAGCUAUAUUUUUUUUGCCUUAAAAGAAUCUCUGCUUGGAGCUUUUAGCCUUUUCAGCGAGCCUACAUUCAGAUCAACAAACAAGGGUACAGGACACGACCCAAAACUCCAUAUUCAGUGCAACUCACAGUUAUAAGAUGGCCUUUCUCCCUGAAGAUAAAAUAGCCUCACAAAUUUUCCCUUUUACUUUGAAUAUCAGGCUCCUCUCUGAAGUGGAUAUGGCUGUAUUGUACCUGGAGUAGACGCCGUUCCACACAGUGAAAGAGGACAAAGGCUCACCAGGGAGAGAUGCUUUGUGCAAUUCAUUCAGCUGUUACUGCUGUCCUGCUUUCUUGUGCAAUUCUGGACAAUGGACAUUAUCUCUCCAACGGGGCAUAAGUCCCAGUUGGUCAACAUACUGCAUUAAAGGCAUGGAAUUCAUUUUUUUGUUUGUUUUAAAAUGAAGUGCCCUCUGUUAAGGUGAAAUGUACUUUGACCUUGUGAUUAGUAGCACAAAAUCAAACAUAUCAUUGUUCUAAUACAAGGAAGAUAACCUGAGAGCUUGGAUGACAGUUAGCCGUGUUUCCGUGAACAAAGGUUUUACACUCGCUGGAGUUGGUUUUUGCCUUUGUUGAAAAAGAACUGGUGCGCCGAAUAAGUUCUGAUGAAGCGGCAAAUUUCGAGGCUGAAAAAAUGAAGCCAACAUGAAAGUGGCAAAAAACUGCAGUUACUUGAAUGGCCACUUGAGGCUGGCUCGGUACACAAGUAAAUCCCCUCAAACCCGAACUUAACAGCAGAAACAAACAUGUUUACAGCCUGGUACAAAACAGUUACACAUAUUUAAGGGCGGGGCAGCUUUUAGUGACUGCUAGGCAUCACCACAGUCUAUGAGUCGGAUCCACCCCUCGCUCCUCCACAGCUCCACCCCUUCAUUUAAAUAUGGUCACUACUGGCUCCAAAAAACCAAGAUAGCGAUGGCUAAAAUACCGAGGUUUCAAAAUGGAACUCCACGAACCAAUGGGUGACAUCAUGGUGGCUUCGUCCGUUACUUUAAAUAGUCUAUAGUUCUGUUGUAGGGAACAUCUAAAGCCUAAUUCGCAUUACACGAUUUUCAUCCCAAUUUUGCGUCGCGGAGACUAUCGUAAUCUUUUGAGUGGUCAUACCUGGCAACGUGUGUUUCUGUUAUCGGGAGUCUCGCCAACUGCGUUACGACCUGUGUGCACACCGCAAG